AUGGAGCCCCGCGCUGCCGCUGCCCGCGAGCUGCUCCUGGGCGCACUGGAAGACCUGAGCCAAGAGCACCUGAAGCGCUUCCGCCACAAACUGCGGGACCAGCGGGUGGACGGUCGCAACAUCCCGUGGGGGCGGCUGGAGGGCGCAGACACCUUGGACCUCGUGGAGCUGCUGGUCCGCUUCUACGGGCCGGAACGCGCGCUGGACGUGGCCCAGAAAACCCUGCAGAGGGCAGACGUGCGCGACGUGGCGGCGCGGCUCAAGGAGCGUCGGCUGCAGAGUCUCGGCCCCAGCUCCCCGGCGCAGCUCUCCGUCUCCGAGUACAAGAAGAAGUACCGGGAGCACGUGCUGCGGCAGCACGCCAAGGUGAAGGAGCGGGACGCCCGCUCAGUGAAGAUCAGCAAGCGCUUCACCAAGCUGCUCAUCGCCGAGGAGCCGGAGGCCGAGCGCGCCCGGCGCUCAGACACCCACACCUUCAACCGCCUGUUCGGCCGCGACGAGGAGGGCGAGAGACGGCUGACCGUGGCGCUGCAGGGCCCGGCGGGCAUCGGCAAGACCAUGGCGGCCAGGAAGAUCCUGUAUGACUGGGCGGCCGGCAAGCUGUACCACAGCCACGUGGACUUCGCCUUCUUCCUGUCUUGCCGCGAGCUGCUGGAGCGACCGGGCACGUGCAGCCUGGCCGACCUGAUCCUAGACCAGUGCCCCGACCGCGAGGCGCCGGUGCAGCAGAUGCUGGCGCAGUCCGAGAGGCUGCUGUUCAUCCUGGACGGCGUAGACGAAAUGUUGGCACCGGAGCCGGCCGAGGCCGCGCCCUGCAGAAACCCCCACGAGGCCGCGAGCGGCGCGCGGGUGCUGGGGAGCCUGCUGAGCAAGGAGCUGCUGCCCGCGGCGCGCCUGCUAGUGACCAGGAGAGGCGCCGCCCCCGGGAGGCUGCAGGCCCGCCUGUGCUCACCGCAGUGCGCAGAGGUGUGCGGCUUCUCAGACAAGGACAGGAAGAAGUACUUCUACAAGUUUUUCCAGGACGAGUGGAAGGCGGAGCACGCCUACCGCUCGGUGAAGGAGAACGAGAUGCUCUUCUCCUUGUGCUUCGUGCCGGCCGUGUGCUGGAUCGUGUGCACCGUGCUGCGCCAGCAGCUCCAGCGCGGCCAGGACCUGUGGCGCGCUUCCAAGACCACCACGUCCGUGUACUUGCUCUUCGUGGCCAGCGUCCUGAGAUCGGCGCCCGCGGCUGACGGGGCUCAGCUGCAGAGAGAGCUGCGCAAGCUGUGCCGCCUGGCCCGUGACGGUGUCCUCGGGGGCAGGGCGCGGUUCUCGGAGGAGGACCUGGAGCGCCUGCAGCUCUGUGGCGCCAAGGUCCAGACGCAGUUUCUCAGCAAGAAGGAGAUGCCAGGCGUGCUGGAGACAGAGGUCACCUACCAGUUCAUUGAUCAGAGCUUCCAGGAAUUCUUAGCUGCUCUGUCCUACCUGCUGGAGGACGAAGGGGCUCCCAGGGCAGCUGCUGGCGGCAUAGAGGCACUUCUGCAGGGGGACCGGAGCUGCGCGGGCCACCUCAAGCUCACCACGCGCUUCCUCUUCGGGCUGCUGAGCACAGAGAGGAUGUGUGAAGAUUGGAAGUCGGCCACUAAUCGGCUGCCACAGCUUCAGCGCUGUGAACAGCAAG